AUGUCGUUUUAUAUUUUUUUUAAGAAACGGGUGUCUCAGAGGGAAAAUGAAAUCUCCAAAUUUUUUAAACCCCCACCUUCUUCUCCUUCGUCUCCACCCCUCAUCCACAUCCACUACCUCCAAUAUUCAUUUCCUCUUCUAGCCUCAAACUACGGCGAUGCACCUUCCUUCUCAAAUAAUGCUUCAUUUACCACCAUCGUCCGAUUAUGUGAGCCCAAGGAAUUGACGGAGACGAAGAAGAUUAUGGAUCAAUUGCUUCAUAUCAUGUUUAAGGCUGUGGCUUUGCUUAACGAUGAAGAUGUUGAUGCAAAUUCAUCGUCUUCUUCAAAACGCCCUUCCACAUUUCUUAAUUUUGUUGCUCUUGGCAAUACCAGUGCAGGUAAAUCAACAGUUUUGAAUAGUUUGAUUGGGCAUCCUGCUCUGCCAACUGGUGAAGGUGGUGCAACUCGCGCGCCUAUAUGUAUUGAAUUAAAGAGGGAUGGUAACUUAAGCAGCACAUCAAUUGUACUGCAGACUGAUAGAAAAUCCCAACCUGUGUUUGCAAUUGAAUGUGUUAUCUGGCUCAGCAUCUUGACACUCUUCAUUUCCAUUCUUUCAGAAUAUCUAAUCAACACCAUUGAGGGUGCUUCUGUUGCAAUGAAUAUCUCUAUAUCAUUUAUCAGUGUCAUCCUUCUUCCUAUUGUUGGAAAUGCAGCAGAACAUGCAAGUGCCAUCAUGUUUGCCAUGAAAGACAAGCUUAUUCCAUUUUAUGUUAUUGUUGGGUGGAUCAUGGGGCAUCCUUUCGACCUAAAUUUUCAACUUUUUGAGACAACAACUCUUAUUAUCACAGUUAUAGUAGUGGCUUUCAUGUUGCAAGAUGGAACAUCCAAUUACUUCAAGGGAGUAAUGCUUGUGUUUUGCUAUUUAAUAGUUGUUGCAAGUUUCUUUGUACAUAUAGACCCUCUAUCUAUACUUCAAUCAUCAGGAACAACUAUGACAUUUGUGAUUGUUGAAGGAUCAAUUAUAACCGUAGCUUCUGUUGGUGAUUCACGUUGCAUACUUGAGAGAGAGAGUGUCCCUGCUAGUGGUGGUGAAGUUGGCCGACUUAAUGUCGGUGGUGGUGCACAGAUUGGUCCUUUGAGAUGUUGGCCUCAUGGCUUGUGUUUGUCAAUAUCAAUUGGAGAUCUAGAUGUUGGGGAAUUCAUUGUUCUUGUUCCUUAUGUUAAACAAGUUAAUGUCAGUUGUAUUUUUGAAGGAAUGGAAUCCAUCAAGAGAAGUGGAAUUGGAAUUGGAAUUGAAAUCUAA